AUGCCUCGCUUCCUCCUCACCGUUUCUUUGCCGAAAGUCAUCCAACAGUUGUGCACCUGCGCUCUCAUCACCGACAAGACUCUCCAAUGGGCCGAAUCUCGAAAAAAUGCUCUGACAGCUCUUUCGCUCGUCUGCACAACCGUUGGGAUCCAGCCCAGUGGGGUUGAUCAAGUGACACUGGCCGGAAUAUUCCGCACAUUCAUCGAUGGCUUUGAAGAUUACACGGUGGAUAGCCGUGGAGAUAUUGGAGCUAUCGUCCGUGAAUCCGCAAUGUAUUCUAUUCAGGUCAACACCUCGCAACCAGACCUACUUGAAGCUGACCUGAUCCGCUCCGUAUUGCAUGCGGUGGCUAAACAAUCGACGGAACAAGUCCGUCGUAACCGGUUGUUGGCCCCCAACUUCUUUUCUUCUCUCGUCUACUGUGAUCAUACCAUUCCUCACAUUGAGCAGUUGGAAGAAUUGCGUUCCAUCAUUCCACCGCCUCCGCUGGACAUUUCGACCGAGAAGGAAUGUUUCGAUUUGUGGAUGAAGAUGAUGCGACUCGACACUUACCGCAAAGCCGUCAUCACCGGACUUGUUUCCAGCAUCGGCAGUCUCACGGAGAGUUUCCGAUGCAUUUGCAUUUAUUAA